AUGGAGAAGGAGGCCCUCCAGGUUGACAAGCACAUCCGGUACUUCCAACGAUGUCUUGCGGCGUUCCCAGCCCAGGCCCUGUCUGAAGAUGCCAAUUUUCUUGCGCUUGUCUACUUCUGUCUCCAUGGCGAGGCGAUGGUGUCACCUGAGGAUAAGCCGAUGAGCGAAGGUGAUCGGCAAUACUACCGAGCGGUAGCCGACCAUAUAUACGACAAGUUUGUCAUUGAGACUGACGAGUGGCAGGGGUUCCGACCCACGGCUCAUUUCAGCGGCGCCGGCGCCUACGAUCUAGCCUACGUCUCAGCGACGUUUUUCGCCCUUACUUGUCUCCUUCAGCUUCAAUGGCCAGGCUACGCUGAGAAAAUCAAGCCGAAAAAGGUGAUGAGGUUUCUCCAAUUGUGUCUGGGUGAAGAUGGACGCGUCUACCCAGCGCUUAGUGGCCGCGAGCAAACUCAGCCGCAAGGCGAGCCUGAUCUUCGUCAGGUAUACAUGGCGCUGGGGAUCGCCGCCAUGGUCAAACAACCAGUACUUCCCCUGACGGUGGACUAUGUGCUCGAGCGGGUCAGUUUUAACGGCGGCAUGGCCCUGUCCAUUGGGGCCGAGCCUCAUCUUGGGUUCACGUUCUGCGGAUUAGCAGCAUUAAAGCUCGCUGGCUAUCAGUUUGAGCGCAGUCAGUGGCAGCAAACCGUGGAUUGGCUUGUCCAUCGACAGGUGGACUACGAUAGCGACGACAAAGGCUUUACUUGGGGCGAUUACGAAUACUAUGACCGAAGCCAGCGAGGCCUGUUCAAUGGUCGAGAAAACAAGUUGGGUGACACCUGCUAUCUGUGGUGGUGUAUGGGUCUGCUUGCCAUUCUUGGCGCCGAAGACUAUAUCGAUAAGGAAGCGGCAAAGACGUGGCUUCUCACCAAAAUGCAACACCUGAUGUUUGGGGGUUUCUCUAAAGACGGUGUAGCCGUGCCUGAUCCUCUCCACUCGUACUUGGCGUUAGCAGCUCUCUCCCGGCUUGGGGGUGUGGGCCUCCCACCCAUUGACGAAGCGCUUGUGAUGCACCCUCGUCUGCUCCACUUCCUCGAGCAAACUGAGUUUUAA